AUGGAUCCAUACUAUUCAUCGCCAUCUUCGUACUAUUACCAAUCGUCGUGUCCGCUUCAUGAUUCUUACGUUGACCCGUAUUGUUCAUAUCCAGUACAAUCAACUCCAGCGCAUCCAUCAGCAUCGUUUUACUAUCCAACUUAUGCUGAACAAUCAUCGCCGCAAGUCGUCCUCUAUAACAAUUCAACGACGAAUAUCUACGCCCAACCAACAACUGCUCCAGCGCAACUGAAUUUGAACACGACUUUUGAAUCAGUGCCACCGGUUGGCCGCCGUCGUCGACAACGUACAAUUUUUUCGAAAGAUCAAGUUGAUAUACUCGAUCAAGUGUUCGAAAAGAAUCCAUAUCCUGAUAUUCAACUUCGUGAACAACUUUCCGAACGACUUGACGUACCCGAAGCUCGAAUUCAAGUUUGGUUCAAGAAUCGACGAAGCCGUGUGAAAACUGCUGCCAAAUCAAAACAAUAG